CGCCUCCGGUCUCUUCACCCACCGCCGCCGCCGACGACGCAGCGAGCGAACGCACCAGCGCACGCGCAGUCCCGGAGAGUUGAGAGAGAGUAGUUGUAGCAGUAGUCGCGAUGUCGACGGAGGAGGCUGUUGUUGCCGAGGUCCCGGUGACCGAGGUGGAGGCCGAGGCACCGGCGGCCCAGGAGGCGGAGAAGGACAAGGCGAAGAAGACGGCACCGAAGGAGAAGAAGGCGGCGCCGAAAGAGAAGAAGGACACGGCAAAGAAGCCGGCGGCGCACCCUCCCUACGCUGAGAUGAUUUCAGAGGCAAUCGCUGCCCUGAAGGAGCGGACCGGGUCGAGCUCGGUGGCCAUAGCCAAGUACGUGGAGGAGAAGCACGGCGGCAAGCUCCCCACCAACUUCCGCAAGCAGCUGACCUCGCAGCUGAAGAAGCUCGCCGCCGCCGGGAAGCUGACGAGGGUGAAGAACUCGUUCAAGCUGCCGGUCACCGCCCGCCCUGCCGCCGACGCCAAGCCCAAGGCGGCCGCCAAGCCCAAGGCACCCAAGGCCGCCAAGACCGCGGCCAAGCCCAAGGCCUCGCCGAAGGCGAAGGCUAAGACGGCGGCGUCGCCCAAGCCCAAGGCGAAGGCCAAGCCUGCCGGUCCCACGCCUGCUGCCCUGCCGAAGCCCCGCGGGCGCCCUCCCAAGGUUGCCAAGACCUCCGCCAAGUCCUCCCCCGCCAAGGGAGCAGCCAAGAAGGCUGCUGCUUCUGCUGCUGCUGCCAAGAAGGAGAAGGCAGUGGCAUCGUCUAAGAAGGCGGUGGGAUCGCCCAAGAAGAAGGCGGCGACCCCAAAGAAGGCCGCCGCCGCUGCUGCUCCAGCCAGGAAGGGCGCGGCCAGGAAGGCCAAGAAGUAGGCUGCUUGCCUUGGCGCCGGCGAUCCCUUGCGUCCCUCCAUUCCGCCUAUAGUAUAGAUUUCCCCCUCCUAUCUGGAUUUUGAUCCAUUCGUAGUCUUGUCAUUAGCUCUAGAGUCUAGAUUCGCCAGUAGCUACUCUCUGCGUGUAUGAUGAACAUCAAGUUAAGCUAUAAUGGAUUCAGAGGUAGUAGUCUGUUGUCUGUAAAAAACUUUGCGAUGGUUGAUUGUGUGCGAUGCUCCUCUCUGCCUGUAUGAUGAACAUCAAGUUAAUCUAUAAUAGUAUUAUUAUGCUAUCUCA